AGCUUUUCUGGUCUUCUUGUCGCGGGACGGCGCUUAUGUCCUCAACGUGCGACAUGUGUUAGGAAUUCCUUCACCAAAGGAUUUUUAGGAUUAGUCGCCAAUGCCCAAUCAUCUGGAUGUUACGGUCAUGUCUGCUGACCAUGACCCCGCGCCUGGUUCAAGCAGAGCGUUCUGCAGUUGCAUCUCCUUCACGGAUAUGUGUGCCCAUCCCCUUAGCGAAUUCGAAGCCACCGACCAAAGCAAUAAAUACUGUGGGACCACCAAAACAUGUUCGCGGUGCAGCCAUUUUUGCUCGCGUUAUUGCCGACAUCAAAAGAAAGCACUCAGAUCAGCCGUCAGCCCCCACAUCUCUUCUCGAGGCCAUUCGCAGGGAACUCGAUGCCCAGAUGCUCAAUCUGCUUCGGGAUCCCCAAAGGUGGCCAUCAAUACUGCGAGCCUACAUCUAUCAUCUGUACAAACAACCAAGGACCAUCGAUGCCUCCGACCCCGUUGUCCUUCUGAUGCUUCGCUUUGUGCGUCAGGGAAAUGUCUUAUUGAGUCCGACAGAAGCACUUUUCCGAGUCGAGAAGCUCGUCCAGUUACUGGCCAAAAAGAACUGCACUCUUACCCCGCGCUCGUACCUCGCCAUUCUUUCCGCUAUCCACCCUCCCCUCUCCCCCUUUCUCACAUCUGCUGCGCUGAAGUCGAUCCAAUGGAUCGUCCACCGUCGCGAAAAUAUGGAUUCGCACACCCUUUCUCGAUUGUACCCUCGGCAAGAAUACAAAGAGAUGAGGACUCUGGCCAUACCUGUUCAUUCAGCUGUUGUGUAUGGACGUGUUCUUGGGGCUGCUUUCGGUAUCCUGAAGCCUCCGCAAACUGGAAACUGCUAUUACCCAUACAGAAGGGUACGGCGUUUGGGGCCAAACAAAGAAUACGUCGUCGAUAGCACCCUGAAAUUUGUCCAGACUCUACUGGAUGAUAUGACUAGGGCUGGCAUGUCCGUGCCGCCUCGUCUUUUGUCUAUUCUUCUGAGGGGACUUGGCGAUCUGUUACAAUAUUCAUCUCGUGUCCCCACAUCAUCCGAAACCGUCCUCACUAUUCUUCAGACGAUCGGAAGAAUCAGGAUAUCAACAAAGGUUCAUCAGCAGACAGCCAUGGUGGAUUUUGCCUGGGCCGAAACGUUGCUUACACUUCACGAGGCAGCUCGGUCCCCAGGGUUGCGACCUAACUCGCGCCCAAUUGUAUUCAAGGAACUGAUUCUGCAAAUCUCAGACUCCCCAUCUGUUUGGUCAUACGAGAAUGCCAUACAAAGAAUCCAAUCGCGCGCGUGGCGAACGCGAUUCGGGGCUCCGCUCAAUGGCUGCGACCCCUCAAUGCCGUGGUAUCAUGGUCACCAAAUUUCCUAUGUGGAGAUCGAACUUCACCGCUUCGCUAUUUUGAUCAGGCACUGUUUGCUCCAUCACGAGUUUGACAAUGCUUUGUGCCACUUUCUCCAAAUGAAGGAAUUGUUGGAGGCUUUCGAGAGCUCGGUCCCCCAGUUCCUGGCAUCCUAUCCUAAUUCAACAUUACAAUCCAGCGGACACAAUCCAUUUCGCCUUUACAAACAUCCCUCGUCUCUUAUCCGAGCGACUUCCCGGGGUCUCCGUUUUCGGUUGUGCACCACUUUCCAAUAUCUUCUGGAUUACCUUGUUGACCAACAGAUAAGCCACCCCAAUCAAUUCUCCCCGAAACAGGUCCAGAGGAUUGCUAAGCUUCUCGGCUGCACGUCUGCAUUUACGUCGUUCGAUAUGAGGUUCUUUCUGCGAACAUGGAGCACUGCAAUAUGCACAUUGCUCGAUUCGCGAGUUCCGUAUAUUGUGACACCAGUAGACGUAGAGAGGGGUAACGUAGGGAUGUGCCACAUAUUGGAAUUGGACGUGGGACGCUCAAACUCUGAGCACAAUGAUUUUGGGCCACUCACAGCCUCAGAGCGAAGCUACUUCCGUCGUAAGCUGAUGCAGUCAAACUAUGCGAAUCAACUGGUUCGUUGUGCAGCCCGCUGGGCUAAAGAAAACGCAGUCCGAGAUGAUACCGGGGUAGAGGAAGGUUUAGAUGUCCUUAAACAGUUUUUGGAAACUUCUGGUGUACGGACGAACCGACUUUAUCGUAUCAUUGAAUAAUUUUAUGAUUGAGCACAAAAUAAUGAUGAUCAAGG